GUGUAACUAUUGAUAGCUUGUUGACUCCCGUGGUUAACGCUUCUUAGGACUGACAAUGUCCGAUCCGUCCCUCAAACCCCCCGCCAGCAAAGAACCGAUGAAGCCACCGCAAGUGGUGGCCCUCGCUGGACCCGGCGGUGGCCUCCAGUUGCCGGUAACCGCGCCUCAGAAGCUGAACCCCAGCUCCAAUGGACCCUCAUCAUCCUCCGCUUCUGGCUCGGCCACCGGUAAUCCUCGCAACAAGUGCGCCCUGAAGCCGGGGUACUCUCUGAUGAGCUGGAUACGGCUGUGCAAUUCUGGAGCGGAUUUAUCGGGAACCGGAGGACGUGUGGUGCCCGUCUCCCGGCUGGAAUUGGCACGGCACAACAAGGUCGACGACGCCUGGAUGGCGAUUCGAGGUCGUGUGUUCAAUGUUACCCGCUACAUGGACUUCCAUCCCGGCGGAGUGGACGAGCUCAUGCGAGGAGUUGGUCGCGAUGCAACCAAACUUUUCGACGAGGUACACGCCUGGGUGAACUAUCCGCAGUUGCUGGGGAAAUGCUAUGUGGGACCGCUGAAGGAUACGGAUACAAAACCCCCGAAAGAUAGCCCCACUAUUACCAGUGCGCUUUUGAAGCCUCCAGAGAUUGUGCCCCGUUUUGAUUGGAUCCAGCAGAGGGGCGAACUUACCCUAAUUUUCUACACCCGCAGCUUGGCCAAUCCGGGAUUGCUAGUCCGACGAAAAGAUUCCUUGCAGCUGACAGUGCGGGUCUUAGUCCAGCACAAUUGGCACACCUUUGACUUUCAGCUAAGCAACACUGUGGUGUGGCCUCCAAAGGCAGCGAAGAUCGGUCCAGAGACGGGAAAGAUUGAGUUGGUCUUGGUCAAGGAGGAGGCGGAACCUUGGCCAACGUAUGGCACACAUGUAGCCAGCAAACUGGAGUCCACCAGCACACAAGAAGAAAGCUACGAGUAUGAAGUAACAGAAAGCAAGGAUUUCAAUCACGAUUCCUUUGACUUCAUCUUGCAAAGCGUGCAGCGGGAGGUAAUUAUGCUUCUGCCAGUGGGUUAUCAUUUGGAUAUAGAAGCGACCCUGGAAGGUGGACCAGUACAGCGAAGCUACACACCUGUGGAUCCGUCCUACCUACAUUUAGAUGAGAAAUCCUCUUCUAGUUUAGGGUGUUUAAGUUUUCUGAUCAAAAAAUAUCCCAAUGGUCCCGUCUCCAGACACCUGCAUCAACUCCAAGCAGGAUCCCGCGUCCAAUUGACCACGCCGCGUGGAACCUUCCAGCUCUCUGAAAUCACAGCGCACAGAAACAUUCUACUGCUGGCAGCAGGAAGCGGGUUAACGCCCAUUUUAACUCUAAUUCAACCAGUCCUGAAGAGGAACACAAAUCGAAUUGAGAGCCUGCAGCUGAUGUACUUCAACAAAACCCAAGAGGACAUCUGGUUAAAAGAAAAACUGGAGGAAAUACACUCCCGGGACGAGAGAUUCAGCUGCACAAACUACCUUUCCCAAUGCGAAAAUAGUCCUCAAAGGAUAUCCCUGGAGCUUCUGACCCCAAUGUUCCAGAAAAAGCAACCUGGACGAUGUACUUAUGUGGCCAUAUGUGGACCCAGUGGUUUCAAUACCGCUGCCAUAGAUAUUUUGAAGCAACUUGAUGUUGAGCCUAACCAAAUGCAUGUGUUCCGCGGCUAAAUGAAAAAGUUAUUUCAUUGCGCACUUAAUCUUCAUCACUUUUAUUUACUGUAUAGCAAACGGUUUCGACUUUUGUUGUUUUUUAUUGUUCUUACAUGUUUUCGUUUUAAUAAUUUAAUAAGUUUAACAAAUACUAGAAAAU